AUGCCAGAAUGGUGGAGUUUCGGCUCCCAGGAGACCGACAGCAUCUUCCGCAGCGAGAAGAUGUGCCUGGUGCAGAUUUUUUUGCAGCCGGAGGCAGCCUACGACAUAAUUUCCGUGUUGGGCGAGGUGGGAUGCGUCCGAUUUCGAGACAUCAAUGGAAGCGUCCCCGUCCAGCAGAAAAAGUUCAUCGCGGAGGUGCGUCGCUGCGAUGAGCUGGAGCGGAAGAUCCGAUUUGCCAUGGGAAUCGGUCCCGUGUGGCAGUCGGCAGCCAAUAUGAUCAUCUUCUUCAAUACGUACAAGAUGAAGUUGUCGAUUAUCUUCGCAGUGCUGCAUAUGACCUUUGAUAACUUUGUGCACUUCAAGAACUACUCCGACAUUUUACUGCAGUUCGUGCCGCAGGUGCUCUUCCUGAUGUUCGGCUACAUGUGCUUCAUGAUCUUCUAAAAGUGGGUCAAGUACAGUGCCACCAGCGAUAUCCUGGCCAACACUCCAGGCUGUGCCCCCUCCGUUCUGAUUAUGUUCAUCGACAUGGUGAUGUUCAAGAAGAGGGAGCUGGAGACGACUUUCCUCGCGCUGGCCCUGAUCUGCAUACCCUGGAUCCUGGUCGGUAAGCCACUCUAUAUCAAGUAUAAACGCCGGAACAAGCCUGAGGUGGCCGAGUCCCAGGUGUCGGUCGACCAUAGCGAGGAGGAUGACGAGCCCAUGAGCGAGAUCUGGAUACACCAGGCUAUUCACACCAUCGAGUACAUCCUGAGUACCGUCUCUCACACGGCUUCCUAUCUCCGUCUCUGGGCCCUGUCCUUGGCUCAUUCUCAACUCUCACUGGUGCUGUGGGAAAUGGUGCUGAUGAAAAUACUGUCGUUUCCAUUAGGCUAUGUAGGCUCCAUUGCGAUCUUCCUAGUCUUCGCCAUUUGGGCGUUCUUCACUAUUUCUAUAAUGGUCGUGAUGGAGGGCCUGUCCGCCUUCUUGCACACCCUUGAUCUUCACUGGGUGGAGUUCUUCACGGGAUCCGGAAACCCAUACACGCCUUUUAGCUCCAAAUAUCUGUUGAAACCGGAGGAGGAUGACUAA